AUCGCACCGCGCGAUCAUCGCAGAUUGCGGGACUGCCCGAACGCGGGCUCCGACCAUGUUUUGUUUACUUUUUAUCAAGUGACAGUGCGAACUCAGCUGAUCCGUGUCAUCGGUGUCGUCACUCGAGUCGCGCGUUUUGAUACGCGCCGUUACUGGUAACAAUGUCCGCGGUGAACGUGAAGGCGCUCGCGCGGCAGAAGGUCCACAGGUUCCUGAACUCGUUCGACACCGUGCUGACGGACUGCGACGGCGUGCUGUGGAUGCACAUGACGCCCCUGCCGCACGCGGCGGACGUCGUCAACCUGUUCCGCAGGCUCGGCAAGCGGGUCUUCUACGUCACGAACAACAGCACGAAGACCCGCGGCGACCUCGUCGACAAGUGCAGGGCCCUCAAGUUCGAUGCGGCCGAGGACGAUAUCCUGUGCACCGCGCACCUGUCGGCGUGCUACCUGCAGAGCUUGGGCUUUCGCAAGAAGGUCUACGUCAUCGGCACCGAGGCGAUCGCGAAGGAACUGAAGGAGGCCAAUAUCUCGUGUUGCGGCACAGGACCGGACCCGAUUAAACCGAAUGUACCGUAUUCCGUUUUCGAGAGGGAUCCCGAGGUGGCCGCGGUUAUAGUCGGCUUCGACGAACACUUCAGCUACCCUAAAAUGGUCAAAGCGGCUACGUAUCUGCGUGACGCCAGUGUACAUUUCAUCGGCACCAACACGGACGAGAACUAUCCAGUUUCGGACGACAUCGUGAUACCCGGUACGGGGAGUCUGGUUAGGUGCAUAGAGAGCUGCUCGGAGAGGAAAGCGGUGAUUAUGGGCAAGCCGGACAAGUACAUGGCUAAGAUGCUGACGGAACGAUCCAACGUCGAUCCCCAGCGUACUCUGAUGAUCGGCGACCGGUGUAACACUGACAUACUCUUCGGGACUCGCUGCGGCUUUACCACUCUGCUAGUCCUGACGGGAGUGACCGCGCUGUCCGACGUCGAGAGAUGGGAGCGGUCCGAGCGACGGGAAGAACGGGAUCUCGUACCGAAUUACUAUAUAGACGCGCUUGGCGACUUAUUACCGUAUCUGAAGGAACUGGAAACUGACGUGUCAUGAGUCCGCAAGAUUUAGGCCCGGUUCUCGCCAAACGUCGCUUAACUUCGAUCUUGGUUUAAUUCACGUUUGUCUCUUUCCGAAGUAACAGUCGGAAGAGACGGAGAACGAAUUAAGCUACGUGCAAGGUUGAGCGACGUCGGUGACGCCGGGCGUUAGCCGUGACGGAGAAAAGUACGAGCGCCGUAGUACUUGAAUAAAGAUACAGCGAGAACGCAACCUUUUGAAGUACGCUGCAGGUCUGUACAUAUAUCUGUGUGAAUAGGAUUAUCCAACAGAUUCUUCUUGCCAAAUUUUAACUAUUUAUAUUAAUUAUGUGAAUCACCGAGCUCUCCUGUGUGCAUACAUUUUUAGAAAACAUUAAACGAAAUCUGUCUUA